AUGUCCAACGGUGUGGUUACACGCACAACGCAACGCAGGCGCCUCCUCUCUUCUCUCUUCGCACUGUACACAUGCGGAUUCUGCGGUCACUCAGUGGCAGCCAGUGAUGUGUAUAGCCAUCUCCGGUCCGUCCGCGAUGUUCGAGAUGCAUCAAAUUUAGUCCAUGCCGAAUUACGAGAACGUCAAAAAGAUGGCUUCUUUUCGAUCAAGGUGCUUAAAACACCCGUAGUGACAAAAGCUAGUUUCCAUACAGGUCUUUGUUGUUGGGGCAAGCCCCUAUUCAUAUUCCCACAGUUCAAAAACACGGAGUUCCAUAAUCCCAGCCAGGGAAGUAACAUUUGGUGUGCUUCCAUUCCUACUACGCCUCUCGAUAUCCUGCUUCGAGCUAUGAUUGAAUUGGGACCUAUUGCCGUUAAUGGUCAUUUUGCCGCACUUGACACCAUUAUCCCACUCCUUUUACGCAUCGUUGCUGACCCUAAUGAUGAACUACCAAAGGCUACUCGGCUAAAAGCAACCAAGACUGAUGACCUGCUCAGCUCAAGACAAAUGCGCGGUCGAGUUAGCCCCGAUUUCAAUUGA